GGUUAUACCUGACAAGGUAAUACAAUGAAUUUCAGUGAACCUGGAAUGAUGAAACAAUCGGACUUCUGUUUAGAGUCUGUGAAUAGAUCUUGCCCAAAGAUCACCUACCCAACAGCGAUACGGAUUCCACUGUAUAUUUUCUUCAUGACCAUCAUUGUUCUAACCAUGUGUGGAAACCUCCUUGUCAUUAUUUCCAUCGCUCAUUUCAAACAGCUGCACACUCCAACCAACUACCUCAUCCUCUCUCUGGCAGUGACUGACUUCCUUCUGGCAGUAGUCAUCAUGCCACCUAGCAUGGUGCGCACAAUUGAGACAUGCUGGUACUUUGGAGAUGUGGUCUGUAAAAUAUAUUUAAGUACAGAUGUAAUGCUAUCCAAUGUGUCCAUUUUAAAUCUUUCUUUCAUUUCCAUUGAUCGAUAUUAUGCAGUUUGCCAGCCCCUCCACUACAGGACCAAGAUCACCACUUGUACUGCAGUGAUCAUGAUCUUGAUCAGUUGGAACCUGUCAUUUAUCAUUGGGUUUGGAAUGAUAUUUAUGAAACUGAACAUUUUGGGUAUUGAAGAUUUUUACUACAAUACCAUUCAUUGCUUUGGAGGCUGUUUCUUUUUUGUGAGCAAGACAUCUGCUAUUCUAGCUUCAGUUCUAUCUUUUUACAUCCCUGGGUUCAUUAUGCUGGUCAUAUAUAAGAAAAUAUUCCAUGUUGCCCAGAAGCAAGCCCGUUCUAUUCACAGCACUGCCUGUAACAAUGUGAACUCUGAAAACAGCAAAAUGGAGCAAAAGGCUACAAAGACUCUAGCGAUUGUUUUGGGGGUAUACCUGUCAUGCUGGGCACCCUUUUUUCUGUGUAACAUAAUUGAUCCAAUCAUUAAUUAUUCCAUUCCUCCUGCUUUAUAUGACUCGCUUAUCUGGAUUUGCUAUUUGAAUUCAACUUGUAAUCCUUUUGUUUAUUCUUUCUUUUACAUUUGGUUUAGGAAAGCUUUCAAAAUGAUCAUUUUUGGCAAUAUAUUUCAAGCGCAUUCCUCAAGAACAAAAUUGUCCACAGACUGAAAUCUCUUGCUUUAUCUCUGACUUCGACUUCAAUAAAAGUCUUGGAAAAGAAAUACAAAUGAAAUUAUAGAAACUGAAUGAUAAGACUUUACAGCAUCAUGUUAGCACUUACAUUUUAUAAAUAUGCAAAAUAAAAUAACAGUUAAGAAUGAAAUCAUGAGUACAAAUAAAAUUAGAAAAGUUUGCAAUUUAAUAGUAUCACUGAACUUGUAGUACUAAAUUUAAUACAAGAGACCAGUUUUCCAAGAUAAA